CUUAGCGCGCCGACAGUGAGCCAAGCGAGCGAGGGAAGGGAGGAGGAGGGAGACGCGCGGGGAGGGGAGGGGAGGGGAGGGAGGAGGCUAGACAAGGCGGGGGAAGGGGGAGUAGCGGUGGCGCAAGUCGCGCGGAGCAGCGCAACCCGGGUCGCUCCCUGCUUCGCCGCCGCCUCCGGACCGAGCCAGCGGAGUCAGUGUCCCAGAGACCCUAUAACACCACAAAGCGGACGAAGGAGUCCAUGUUGGGGAACUUGUUGGCGGAGUGACUGGGACCUGGGAACCUGCUGUGUGGCCGCGGCCGGACCGAGCGCCUCGACCUCGGCCUGAGGAAACCCUUUUCUAAAGAGAAAUGAAGAAGAAAACUGUAUAUACCCUAAAUAUGGGAGAUAAGAAGUAUGAAGACAUGGAAGGUGAAGAAAACGGAGAUAAUACUGUUCCUACUGGUCUGUUGUACAGUGAGGCUGACAGAUGCCCAAUAUGUCUUAAUUGUCUAUUAGAAAAGGAAGUUGGUUUUCCAGAAAGCUGUAAUCAUGUCUUCUGUAUGACUUGUAUUCUUAAAUGGGCAGAGACACUGGCUUCAUGUCCUAUUGACCGUAAACCUUUUCAGGCAGUGUUUAAAUUCAGUGCAUUGGAAGGUUAUGUUAAGGUUCAAGUAAAAAAACAGCUGAGAGAAACAAAAAACAGGAAAAAUGAAAACUCAUUUGAGAAACAGUUCUCCUGUCAUGAAAAUUCUAAAAGCUGUAUAAGAAGAAAAGCCAUCAUAAGAGAAGAUCUAUUAAGUGCAAAAGUUUGUGAUUUGAAGUUGAUACAUAGAAACUCUUUAUACAGUGAAACAGGAGGAGAGAAAAAUGCAGCAAUAAAGAUAAAUAAGCCUCAGAGAUCAAAUUGGAGUACAAAUCAGUGCUUCAGAAAUUUUUUCUGCAAUAUGUUUUCUUCUGUUAGUCACCCUGGAGAAUCUUCCUUUACCUCCUAUAGAGCUUAUUGUACAGAAUUUAUAGAAGCCAGUGAAAUCAGUACAUUGAUUAGGCAGAAGAGACAUGAACUGGAAUUGUCAUGGUUUCCUGAUACAUUACCUGGAAUUGGAAGAAUUGCUUUUAUACCCUGGAAUGUUGAAACAGAAGUCCUUCCUCUCAUUUCUUCUACAUUGCCAAGAACUAUUUUUCCAACAAGUACCAUAUCUUUAGAACAUUUUGGUACUUCUUGCAAAGGAUAUGCAUUAGCACAUCCUAAAGAAGGGGAAGAAAAGAAGCAAACUUCUGGUACAUCAAAUACCAGAGGAUCAAGACGGAAACCUGCAAUGACAACUCCUACAAGGAGGUCUACACGUAACACAAGAGCCGAAACAGCCAGUCAGUCUCAGAGAUCCCCAAUAUCAAACAAUUCUGGGUGUGAUGCCCCAGGUAACAGUAAUCCAUCUUUAAGUGCUCCCUCUUCAGCUGAGUCAGAAAAGCAAACAAGACAGGCUCCAAAACGGAAGUCUGUAAGAAGAGGAAGAAAACCACCUUUACUGAAAAAGAAACUUCGGAGCUCUGUAGCUGCCCCUGAAAAAUCAUCUUCCAAUGAUUCAGUAGAUGAAGAAACAGCAGAAUCUGACACAUCACCUGUGUUAGAAAAAGAGCACCCAUCAGAUGUAGACAGUAGUAACAUUUGUACUGUGCAGACACAUGUAGAAAACCAGUCUGCUGAUUGCUUGAAAAGUUGCAAUGAGCAAAUAGAAGAAAGUAAGAAGCAUACUGCAAAUCAUGAUACAGAGGAAAGAGUAGAAUCUUCAUCUUCUGAGUCUUGUGCUCAGGAUCCUCCUAUGCUAGUUGGUGAGGAAGGGGAAGUUAAAAAACUUGAGAAUACAGGUAUAGAGGCUAAAGUUUUGUGUUUGGAAAGUGAGACUUCUAAAAAUAUUUUUGAAAAAGGAGGUGAUCCAUUGGAAAAGCAAGACCCGAUAUCUGGACUUUCAGAAUCAGAGGUAAAGGCAGAUAUAUGUACAGUUCAUCUUCCAAAUGAUUUUCCUACAUGUUUAACAUCUGAAAGCAAAGUGCACCAACCUGUAUCUAGUCCCCUAAGUGAGCUAUCUGAGAAUGUAGAGUCAGUGGUUAAUGAAGAAAAAAUGACAGAGAGUUCCAUAGUAGAAGUUACUGAACAUAAAGAUUCUACACUAAAAACAGAGGAGCUUAUAGAGAGCCCCAAGUUAAAAUCUUCUGAGGGUGAAAUUAUACAAACGGUGGACAGACAAUCUAUUGAGAGCCCAGAGGUUCAAUUGCUUGGGCAUGUUGAAACUGAAGAUGUAGAAAUAAUUGCAACAUGUGAUACUUUUGGGAAUGAAGAUUUCAAUAAUGUUCAAGACUCUGAAAAUAAUUUAUUAAAAAAUAAUCUUAUGAACACCAAAUUGGAAAAAUCUUUAGAAGAAAAGAAUGAAUCGCUGACCGAACAUCCUAGAUCUACAGAGUUGCCUAAAACACACAUUGAACAGAUUCAGAAGCAUUUUAGUGAGGACAACAAUGAAAUGAUACCUAUGGAGUGUGAUUCAUUUUGCAGUGACCAAAAUGAAUGUGAAGUUGAACCAUCUGUAAAUGCUGAUCUUAAGCAAAUGAAUGAAAAUUCUGUGACACACAGUUCCGAAAAUAAUAUGCCAUCUUCUGAUCUUGCAGAUGAAAAGGUUGAAACUGUUUCUCAACCAUCUGAAAGCCCAAAAGAUACCAUAGAUAAAGCCAGAAAGCCUCGUACUCGAAGAUCUAGAUUUCAUUCUCCAUCUACAACUUGGUCUCCCAACAAAGACACCCCACAAGAAAAGAAGCGGCCCCAGUCUCCAUCUCCCAGAAGAGAAACUGGGAAAGAAAGCAGGAAGUCUCAAUCACCAUCUCCUAAGAAUGAGUCAGCCAGAGGCCGGAAAAAAUCCCGUUCUCAGUCCCCAAAAAAAGAUAUUGCAAGAGAAAGGAGACAAUCUCAGUCUCGGUCUCCAAAAAGGGAUACUACUAGGGAAAGCAGAAGAUCUGAAUCACUGUCACCAAGAGGAGAAACUUCUAGAGAGAACAAAAGAUCUCAGCCAAGAGUGAAAGAUUCCUCCCCAGGAGAAAAAUCCAGGUCCCAGAGCAGAGAACGAGAAAGUGAUAGAGAUGGGCAGAGGAGAGAGAGAGAGAGGAGAACCAGAAAGUGGUCUAGGUCCAGAUCUCAUUCUAGGUCCCCCUCAAGAUGUAGAGCAAAAAGUAAGAGUUCAUCGUUUGGUAGAAUUGACAGAGAUAGUUACUCUCCCCGGUGGAAGGGAAGAUGGGCAAAUGAUGGUUGGAGAUGUCCACGAGGAAAUGAUCGGUACAGAAAGAAUGACCCAGAGAAACAGAAUGAAAAUACAAGAAAAGAAAAAAAUGACAUCCAUCUAGAUGCUGAUGAUCCAAAUUCUGCUGACAAACAUAGAAAUGACUGUCCCAGUUGGAUAACAGAAAAAAUAAACUCUGGGCCUGAUCCAAGAACCAGAAAUCCAGAAAAGUUGAAAGAGUCUCACUGGGAAGAAAAUAGAAAUGAAAAUUCAGGAAAUUCUUGGAAUAAAAACUUUGGUUCUGGUUGGGUAUCUAACCGUGGUAGAGGCAGAGGCAACCGUGGCAGAGGCACUUACAGAAGUAGUUUUGCCUAUAAAGAUCAGAAUGAAAAUAGGUGGCAAAAUCGAAAACCACUCUCAGGGAAUUCAAACAGUUCAGGGAGUGAAUCUUUCAAGUUUGUGGAACAGCAAUCCUAUAAGCGGAAAAGUGAACAGGAGUUCUCAUUUGAUACACCAGCAGAUAGAUCUGGAUGGACAUCUGCAUCUAGCUGGGCUGUGAGAAAGACUUUGCCAGCAGAUGUACAAAACUACUACUCGCGACGAGGCAGAAAUUCUACAGGUCCACAGUCUGGAUGGAUGAAACAAGAGGAGGAAACAUCUGGACAGGAUUCUAGCCUAAAAGACCAAACAAACCAGCAAGUUGAUGGUUCUCAGCUACCUAUAAAUAUGAUGCAACCACAAAUGAAUGUAAUGCAGCAACAAAUGAAUGCACAACACCAGCCUAUGAAUAUCUUCCCAUAUCCAGUGGGUGUUCAUACUCCUUUGAUGAACAUCCAGCGCAAUCCAUUUAAUGUUCAUCCUCAGCUACCCUUGCAUCUCCACACAGGAGUGCCCCUCAUGCAGGUAGCCGCUCCUACCGGUGUAUCUCAGGGAUUACCACCACCACCACCUCCUCCCCCACCAUCCCAACAAGUCAACUACAUUACUUCACAACCAGAUGGAAAGCAAUUGCAGGGUAUUCCUAGUUCUUCUCAUGUAAGUAAUAACAUGAGUACACCAGUUUUGCCUGCUCCAACAGCAGCCCCAGGAAAUACGGGAACGGUUCAGGGACCAAGUUCUGGUAAUACUUCGUCAUCAAGUCACAGCAAAGCCUCUAUUGCUGCUGUAAAAUUGGCAGAAAGCAAAGUAAGUGUUACAGUGGAAGCCAGCGCAGAUAGCUCGAAGACAGACAAGAAAUUGCAAAUUCAAGAAAAAGCAGCACAAGAGGUAAAAUUGGCCAUUAAGCCAUUUUACCAAAAUAAAGAUAUCACCAAGGAAGAAUAUAAAGAAAUUGUACGGAAAGCAGUAGAUAAAGUUUGUCAUAGUAAGAGUGGAGAAGUAAAUUCUACUAAAGUGGCAAAUCUGGUUAAAGCCUAUGUAGACAAAUACAAAUAUUCACGGAAGGGGAGCCAAAAGAAAACUCUGGAAGAACCUGUGUCUACUGAAAAAAACAUAGGCUGAAAUGGGGAACGCUGUCAAAGACAUUAUCAGGAUAUCUGCAAAGUGCAAUUUCAACAUGUACCAUUAACUGAAAAUCAUACAUAACUGUGAUUGAAAUUUGGUUUUGAUAAAAUUAUUUUUUUAACAUAGGAUAUGAUGUUUUGUUCUAAAUAAAUAUAGGUCUGCACUGCAACUUCUGUAUCCUUCCUUCCCCUCCAACCUCCCCCACAAAAUUCAAGGGAAAGUAAAGUGUUGAAAGGAAUGUGCAUCUUUACUAGGACUGUGUUAUAGUGUGGAUACUGAAAGAUGUAUAGCUUUUUGAUUAGAGCAAUGGAGUGCAUAAAUUAGAAACUUCUAAGUGCACUGGUUUUCAAAGAGAUAUAUAUAUAAAAUGCAUUUAUUCUGUCAGGUUAAAAUAUAAAGUAUGAUCUUUAUGAUUGAUUUUUUCCCUCUAAUUAUAGAAAGUUAAAUAAUGUAUUACCAUGAAAAAUGUUUCUAAUAUUAAAUAGAACAUAUCAGUUGCAGAGUUCCUAAUGUGUAUUUUUAAAGUACAUAUCUGAAUAAAUUGCCUAGAUAGAAAAAAAUUAUCACAUGAGUAAAAUUUAGUGUUCAAAACAUUGAGACACUCUUCACCUAUUGUAUGACCAAAUAAAGGUUAUGCUGCUUGUUUUUCUUUUGUGCCUUUUUUUACCCUGAAUUGAGAUAAGCAGUUUGACUUACUAGAUUACAACUUUGGCAGUUCAAAGUCUUUGUUGAAGACUUUGAAGAAAAAGAUUUGGAAAAAUUGUUGACUUUCGGCCGGGCAUGAUGGCUCACGCCUAUAAUCCCAGCAUUUUGGGAGGCCGAGGCGGGUGGAUCACCUGAGGUUAGAUCAUCGAGACCAGCCUGGCUAACAUGGUGAAACCCCGUCUCUACUAAAAAUACAAAAAUUAGCCAGGCGUGUUGGUGCAUGCCUGUAAUCCCUGCUAUUCAGGAGGCUGAGGCAGGAGAAUCAGUUGAACCCAGGAGGCAGAAGUUGCAGUGAGCCGAGACCGUGCCAUUGCACUUCAGCCUGGGCAACAGGAGCAAAUCUCCGUCUCAAAAAAAAAAGUGUUGACUUUGUAGAAAUUAUGUUCUUUCGUAGUAUCUUCUUCUACCCAUUGCAGAUGAUAAAUUAUUUGUGCCAAUUUGAGAAUUGCUAUUAAGCUGUUAUCCUCCCUUCCUUGGGACUAAGAAUUACAAGACUCAUGGCACUGGCAUAAAGUCGUUGUUUAAUCACUGAUGAAAUUAUUUUCACACUUGUUACAAUGAAUGAAGUGUUAAUUUGGUGAUCAGGUGGUAGCCAUUAGCCAUGUUGCAGAAUUCUAAAAUUCUAGCCAAUGAAACCUGUGUUUUAGAAAUGCAGAGGAAAAUUGAAUAAUGGAGUCUUGGUUAGCCUUUCAGGGACUAGGGAUUUGUUUUUUUGUUUUGUUUUUUUGUUUGUUUGUUUUCCUCUUUUUAGUACUAGAAUAUCUCAGUUUUUAUAAAAGGUAAGUUUAAAAUGUUUAUCGUGCCAUUAUUUUAACUGGCAUCUUGAAAGAACAAUGCAUUUUCUCCAUGAUAAACUCUGAUUCCAGUAGGAAUUUUCAGUACAUACCAAGUACCUGGAAAGUUCUUCAGAUAAGUUAAUGGAUCCAAGGAGAUACAUGCCUCCAUGAGAUAAACUGACCCUUUUACUAGCUAAACUAGCCAGAGCAAUACUCUGUAGAACUGUGCUUUUCUAAAGUAAGGAUUAUCUGUUUCUCAAUUUUACGUGCAUAAUACUUUUCCUGGUGCUAGCUUUGAUAGGCAAAAUAUCUUGAAAUGUUGGCCCCAUAAUGAUUGUGCUAGUUCAUAAGCUUUGUUAAGUUAUGAGUGUAAUCAUAAAAAUAUUUCCAAGCAGUUUUUGACCUUCAUUCUACAUUUCUGGGCAUUUGUAAUAUGGUAUUCUACUGGUAUAUAUUUUUAAAGUUUGCAUUUAGAUUAUGAUAAAGAAAUUUCAAGUGUAUUUCUUCUAAUAAAGUAUUAAGACAGUGUUUCAGAAUAUCAAGGCACACCUCCUUAGUUGUUUUAGGUUAGAACUCUACAAACAAUUUUGUGAAUGUUCAAAGUAUUUUGAGUUAAGGCUAGUUCAUACUUUGAAAUUUUUGCAGCAAAUUGCUGUUUCUAGGUUGAUUAAUCACACAAUACAUACUUUUCCUGCAUUUUCUUUCAGUGACAUUUGAGAAUUGGGUGACAUUUUAAAAUGUGCUUUAUACCAUUUAGCUUUUGCAAACAAGUUCUAAAGUUUUGGAGCAAAAGUGGUGUGGUCAAGAGUUGAAGUCUCAUAUAUCUUUAGUAGCACUCCCAUGAAUUAUUUCCAUGACAAUAACAAGUGUGUGUUCCAUAUCUGAUUGGGGCACUGGUUAGACUGCAUUAAUAGCUAAUGAAGAGUGUUAUUUGAUUAGAAUUCAAACUUUUAAAAUUUUGAAAUGUUUAAGAAUGUAUUAGAAAAUGCAUGCUUUAUGUUGAAAAAAUACAUUGCUUUAACAUUCCUCAUUCUUUAAGAAAUUUAUGUUAAUUUUGCAUGGGCACAAACUUAAUCAGAAACAUUUUGUGGAGUUACAUUUCCUCUUGUUAUUUAUCAAGGUUCAGUAUUGACUUGAUCUUUGAAACCUUGGUCCCUUUCAUUUACUAGUCACAUUGACCGAUGUUUUAUAGAAAUGCCUAGAAUUUUGAGACUAAUAGUAGUUAUCCAUUAACAUUCUAAAAGUUUUGUGCUUUUUUAAAAUUUGUUUUGGUAAUUACCACAUUUUUUUCUCUUACCUUCCUUUAAAUGGCCACAGUGUAUACUGCUUGAAUGUUCCAUCCAAAAGAUGUAGCUUCAGAAGCACAGUGAUUGCCCCAGGGUCCAUGAGAUAUUGUUUUUAUUAUGAAGUUGGAGUGCUGUCUACUGAAAUUAUACUCUUAAAUAAAUAUGUAUGUAGUGUGUAAUAUUUUCUAAUAAAUUCUUUUGAUAAACUAA